CUUGCUAUCUAGAUACAUAUGAUUUGAGAAUGAGGACUGUUUUCCUUUUUAUCCUGCCGGCCGAUUGAAAAUUUUUUGCUCGGGCAGAAAUUUUAAUUAGAGAUUGCCACAAAGGGAGAUAAUGGCUGGGAAUUCUCUUAAGCUGGUCAGGGAUGUGUUAAAAUAUUUGAUCGACGCUCGAGGAUUUGAUCGAGUUAUGGACAAGGUCACAAUAGUUUCCGCUGGCCAAGGAAAGUGCGUGGCCGAAAUGGUGGUGGGCAAGGAGCACGAAAACAAGGGCGGCACCUUGCACGGAGGCCUGACCGCCACCCUCGUCGACGGCAUUUCCACCCUCGCCCUCAUGACCCACGACAAGGGCGUGCCUGGCGUGUCUGUCGACAUUCACGUUUCAUAUUUGAAGGCGGCGAAGGAAGGGGACAAGAUCACGAUCGACGCGAUUACGAAAAAGGCUGGAAACUCGCUGGCGUUUCUCGACGUGCAAAUCACGAACGCGGCCACCGGAGCCGUGAUCGCCACGGGGACGCACACCAAAUUCGUCGGCGAGAACUUGGUUCCGAUAGCGCCGCCGAUUGCCGAAGAGGAGGAGGAGGAGCAGGUCAUGCAGCCCGAGGACGUCCUUCGGCCCCUCAAAGAGGACCAAGUCGAAAAACUCCUGCAGGUUUUGGCCACGGAUCUGCCCGACAGUUCUGUGCCUUACAACUGGAUAAAGAAGCAGACGGAAUGGGCGAAAAAGUUGCCCGAAAUCAAAGUGAGCAUUUUGUGUCCGGACGGCGACUGGUCGGACGGAACGGUCGUCACCAUGGUGGACGGACUGGGCGAAAAGAUAGUUUUCGGCACGCUGUACACCCUGGAGAAGGGCGGCGCGAAACUGAAAAAGGCGCUGACCGAGACCAAGCUGAUUCCGUGGCAUCGGUUUUCCCAUUUCUCGGGGGUGCACGUGCGCCACAUUCCCAUUUGCGUCGAGAUUUUGAGCGCCGUUGGAGUGAAUCUUCACACGGGAAAUUUGUACGUGCCGUGCCACAUGCACUACGCCUCUGCCGAAGACGCCGCCAACAUUGAAAUUCCCGAACUUGCUGCGAACGUGCGCGUCGGCCCGCUGGACUUGAGCCACGUGGACACGGUGUGCAAGUACUGGCCGCACUACAGCGCCGACUACCGCCGCGUCGUCGAGAAAAUGGUCGAGUUGAACCCUUCGUGCGGCGUGUUUGUGAGAAACGAGGACGGCGCCGAAGAAUUGGCCGCCAUGAUCGUGCAGUCCGAGUACGGCGGCCUCGGCAUCCUGCAGACGGUGCCCGAGCACCGCCGCAAGGGUUACGCCCUGACGGCGCUGAGGCACCAGGCGCGGGCCCUGGGCAGGGCCGGGGUCAGUCCGCACUGCCACGUCAUCGUCGACAACUACAGGUCGGUGGAGCUGUUCAAGAAGAGCGGCCUCAAGCCCGUCGCCCUCACCAACUGGGUCUGCGCCAAGAGAAAAGAGGACAGAACCCUUCUUUAGAAUAUUAAAAAGAAAUUAACAUCAGCGUUUUCUCAAGAUAUAUAAUUUUGAUACUGAUUAAGUAUUAAGAAAUUUCCUUAUCAGAAACUGAAUUUCUCUCAAUUCAUUAACAUGUGAUCUGCAGAAAUGACAGGAAUUUCAAAUAAUGUACGUAUUUUUGUUACAAGGAUAAGCAAAUAAAAACAGAUUUCUCCCAA